AGAGAAUCACAAAGAUCCAAGUUGAAUUUUUUAGUAACAGAGGCGCUGUCCGUUCGCAAAUGGAGGCGUCGCGCCGCGCCGUCAGUUUAUUAUUCCUAUUGAUUAGACCUAUCUGUCUCUUUGUAUCUUCCUCGUUUUAUCAUUUUUAAUAUUCCCUCUAAAUCUCAUUUUCAUUUCCCCGAAAGUAAAAGAAUUUAGGGUUUUCAAUUUCUAGAGUACUAUCGUCUCGUCAAGAGUCACCGCAUCGAUGUCCGCUUCAGCCAUCUCCAUCACGGCCAACUCGGGGGCGGCUCGCCGGAGGCCGGUGAUGAUCAAUGAGAAGAAAUCAAGUACCAUUGAAUUGGUUACAGCCGAACCCGAAGUUAACGGCGGAGAUGUUAGAGUUGCUGUGGCUGCGACCAGCAGAGAUCUGAGCCACCAUUCGAUUCGAGGUGAAGCGGUUGUGGAGAAAGAUUUGAUGCAAGUGAAGAAGAGCGCCAUGGCUAAUUCUACUGUGUCGCCUCGCCGGACGAGGAAGACGGCGCCGAAGCAGGAGAAGCCUUGGUGGUUGACAGUGGUUAGUAUUUUUACUAAGAAUUUUAUGCUUUUGUUAGUUUUGUUAGGGCUGGCGCAGUUGGUUAGGAAACUAGCUGUUAAAAAUGGGGAUUCUAUGCAAUUAGGGUUUUCGGAAUUUGAGAGACGAAUUGCUGACGUUGAGGAUUUUGUGAGGAGUACUUCGAAAUUGAUGCAGGUUCAAAUUGAGGUUGUUGAUAGGAAGAUUGAGAGUGAGGUUGGAGGAUUGAGAACUGAAGUUAGUAAAAAUAUUGAGGAUAAAGGUGCAAUAUUGGGGCAUGAGUUAAAGAAAUUGGAAGAGAAGACCACGGGGUUGGAGAGGAGAUUGAGUGAAUUGAAAGCUGUUGAUUGGUUGUCAAAGGAGGAGUUUAAUAGGUUUGUUGAAGAGAUGAGGAAGAGGAGUAGUGAAUUUAGUGAAAAUGAUGUUAGUUUGGAUGAUAUAAGGGUUUAUGCGAGGGAGAUUGUGGAGAAGGAGAUUGAUAAGCAUGCAGCUGAUGGGCUUGGAAGGGUGGACUAUGCAUUGGAAUCUGGUGGGGGUAGUGUUGUUAAGCAUUCUGAACCUUAUUUGGUUGGGAAGGGGAAUUGGUUUUCAAUGGGUGGUCGAAAUGGUGUCCAUAGGGAUGCUGAUAAGAUGUUAAAACCGAGUUUUGGGGAGCCAGGUCAGUGUUUUCCUUUGAGAGGGAGUAAUGGGUUUGUUCAGAUUAAGCUGAGGACAGCUAUCAUUCCUGAGGCGAUCACUUUGGAACACGUUGAUAAGAGUGUUGCGUACGACAGAUCAAGUGCUCCCAAGGAUUGUCGUGUCUCCGGAUGGCUACAGGGGCAUGAUAAUGAGCUAACAGUCAAUGCUGAGAAGAUGUUUCUUUUGACAGAGCUUACUUAUGACCUCGAGAAAAGCAAUGCUCAGACCUUUGAUGUAUUGGACUCACCAGGAUCUGGCGUUGUUGACACUAUUAGACUGGACAUUUUGUCAAACCACGGAAGCUCUUCUCACACUUGCAUUUAUCGUCUAAGGGUACAUGGUCAUGAACCUGAUUCUGUCUCCAUGUUGCCUAUGUAGUUUCAUGAGUCCUUGCCAUGUAUGCCAUGCUCUUGUAAUUGUUACCUUUUUUCUUCUUUCUUUCUUUUAAAUUCUUUGCUUAGAUCCUACUUCAAACUUUCUGCUUCAUAGAUGCGGAGUCUCCUGAAUUUAGAUACUGGGUACUUCCUGAUGCUAGUAUUGUGUACCAGUAAUGAGUAGUAAAUUUAUGAUUUCGACUUCAAACCAGCAAUGUAUAUAGUUGAAGUUGAGACAGUGGGUUGUCAAUCUUUUAGAGCCAAUGGCAACAACGGAUUGACAUCUACUGUUAAUGUCGAAAAAAGAUAUGGAUGUCCUUGAUUCAAAGGUUGUCAAGAACUGGUGGGUUGAUAAAUAAUUGGUAUGUAGCAAUGAUUGAUGAUUAGGAAGUUGUUUAUGUUGAGUUUUGGAUGGUGGGCAUGAUGAAGGAGAAAUGAAAAAUAGUGCUUGAAACAUGGUGUGAUUGAUGCCAACUCAGUGAAAGAGGUUCUGCUGGUAUUUUAAUGGACAGAGAUUGUGGUCUAAUACUUUUAAUUUUUGUAUUGGCAGAAGAAUAACUCUUUGUUCAAGGUAAACUAUAUGUAUUGUCAAAAAGAAGGCCGUGGCCGUAUAUUUUGUUCA